UCUCACAUUGAAACAAUGGUAGCACUUAACAUAGCACCACAAAAUUAUAUAGCACGUUGGAGUACUCUUGCUGUACACUCUGACGUAGCAGGCCACGAAGGAAGGAGAAUAGUGGCAUACGUACAGUAUAUGUAUGUGCCUCCGCAUACAGCUGUAUGAACGUGCUAAACCUUCAGAUUAUGAUAAUGUUGCAUUGAUUCAAAAGGCUUUCUAACCUCUCACAUAGACCUGAGAUUAAAGCCUGAAGGAAAAAGACUAGAAUGUGACGUUAAAUUCAAAGUCCAGUUACACCAUAUUGCUUCACGUCUCGAGGCUUCGGAGCUCCUUAUUGAACAUUUGUUUCGAACUUCGGCUCGAGCAGAGGCCGGCAGACAGCAGCGGAUUCCUUGGCAGACAGAGCGGUUCCUUGAGGCAGAACGGUAAAUGGCUGUGUACGUGUGGUUCCUUCUGGGUCUACGUUCAGAGUGGCCACACCCAUCCAGACGCCAUGGUUUCCUUCACAUCAACUUCAAGAAUGACAUGGUGACGUUACUUGCUCAACUUCAAGAAUGACAUGGUUACGUUACUUGCUCAUAUCUUUGGCCUUGUGUAUGUGCUGAAUGUAAGCCUCAAGAUGCAGAAACACUUCAAAAGAACCAACACUCCGCUGGAUACCAACAUUGUCUUCCUGCACAGACUCCUCAUCGCCGUCAUGUUAGCGUUGUUUGCUUACUGCAAAUACGCGCAAAUGGAACGCCAGAGCCCUUCCUGCUCGGGGUCUGGAACCAUCAAUCUGGAACACGAGAGGAAGCUGAGGGUCUGCAUCACCACAGCAGCCUUCGUGGAAUACAAAGGUCAGAAGAAGUACACUAACGGAUUUGGCUUGUAUCUUCCAGGAUUGCUAUUCACCAUGGCGUUACUUUAUUUGGUGCCUCUAAAGUAUCAGGACUACUAUGAACACCAGACGCUGGUGGGACUGUUCCAGGAAGCCUCGCUCCUUCCCACAGCUGCGGCGGUCAGGAACAUCGACGCCGCCAUCAUGUACAACGCUGGUCUGCUGAGCAGCAGGGUGCGUCUGUCAUGGGAGUGCUUAGAAGUUAAUCUGUGUUGCCUGUUGCUGUUAGACAUGAUAUCGUCCACUAGUCUCAUGACUGAAAUCAUCACGGGAGGCAUAACACAAGGAUGGGACUACGUGCUGGACGUGUGGCGUCUGGCCUACCCGACCAACGUGAAGUGCGAGAUCGGGCCCCAGAUGGUAUACGCAGCCAGCAACACCAAGCAUUACCGCUGUAUCAUCCCACAUAACGAAAUUUUCAAGUACAUAUGGAUAGCGGCAGUCAUUAUCGUCUUGUUUGCAACAUUCCUUAGUUUCUUUUCGUUUGUCUACCACAUACUGCAGAUGUUUCCCUGCAGACGCAGACAGUUUCUUGAAGGCACAGUGGACGUGGACACCGAGAUGCUGAACACGCUGGAGACUCAGCUGCCCGGAGGAGAUGACAGUCUGUUUUUGCUUAAGUCGUACCUGCUGCGGCUUCCUUGUAAAGACCAACGCAAGCAAGUAGUGUGGGAGCUUAUAACUAUUAUCAAAGAGACUUCAUGAUAAAACAAAUAGUGUUUGUAACUGUAAUAUUUCUUUAUUGUUAUUAUCUAGCGAGGGUUUCAUGUUUUGUAGCUAUGGCCAGCUCACUGAAAAGAAAUGUUUUUAUUUCAUUGACUUGUCAUAAAAUUGGUGCGCACAUAUUUGUUCGAUUUGUUAGUUAACCAUAACUAAAUUGUCUUUCACCUUUCAAGGAUAAGAGAUGAUUCAAAGGAUUUCAGUAUUAUUUUUAGAGUGAGCUUUUCAUAGUAUUACAGCUAUUAGCCUCUUAUAUGACUUAUUUAUUGAGUUAUUCUUACUUUUGGCUUUGCACGAAAUACUACAACUUCUUCCUAUAAUCUUAAAAAGGGAAUCUUCAUCGCAGUGUUGUUUUUUAUUCAUGAGUGAACGAAAAUGACAUUAUACUGAACAAUGGAUUAUGGUCGGCCAGUUUUUGCCUAAGUUAUCAUCACAGCUUGUGAACAUUGCACUUAUAAUGAUCAAUGACACCAAUUCAUCAUUAUUACUUGUUAUAAAUCACUAAUCGUGGAUUCAUGGCAUAUGUAAGGAUGCAUUAAUUCAAUUUUUGAUAGUGUCACACGCAUAGUGAAAUCCACGAGGGAAAGCAAAGGAUUUGUCUAGUGUAGUCCACAA